AGCUACUGGCUCACACUGAAAAGAAAAAAGACCUUCUACAAAAGAGACACCAUGAAGCUCCUGGUUGUGGCUGCACUUCUUUGUGGAUUGAUGGUUCUGACCACUGCUACAAGGAGUUACCGGUUCAACAUGUCCUCUGGUUGUCCUCAUGGUUGGUCUCGUUUCAAUCUUCGCUGUUUUGUCUAUGUUCCAAGAUCCAUGAGUUGGGGUCAAGCUGAGAGAAACUGCAAGUCAAUGGGUGGACACCUUGCAUCUGUGCACAGCAGCGACGAGUACCGUCACAUUCAGAAGCUGACUGGUGAUCAUGACUACAAGGAAACUUGGAUUGGAGGAAGUUAUGCAUCCGGG